AUGGAUGAACCAGCAGCCUCCAUGGAAGACGUUGGAGGCCAAGAAGACAUCACAACUGUUGACCUGAUGGGAUCUUCUUCUCUCAUGGAGGAUUCACGUGCACUAGAAAUUGGUGGUGGUCCUCGAGAAGAUGAACAACAGAUAACACAGAACACCACGGUUACCAUGGGAGCAGAGACCAUCGGCACCAUUUCACAGACGUCUGGAUCAGUGGAGAAUGAAGUACCUGAUGAGGAGGUGGUUCACAAAGCUGGGCAAAAUUUGGUCACUCCUGAAGUUGGAAUGACUUUUCAAUCCGAGGAAAAGGCUUAUGAGAUGUACAACACCUAUGCCGGUAAGGUUGGGUUCAGUAUUAGAAAGAGCAAGGCAAAGCGCCACCAAGAUAAGAGUAUAUGUCAGAAAUAUAUAGUUUGCAGUAGCCAAGGACAUCGAGAAAAUGCGACAUCACAAAAGGACAUUACAAGGACAGAUUGCGAUGCUCGUGUUCAGUUUAGUAUCAGCAGAGAGGGGAUUUGGACAGUGCAAAAGGUCGUACUAGAGCACAAUCAUUAUCUUGCUAGUCCAAAUAAGUUACACAAGAUGAGGUCCCAACGACAGGUUAUAGAGGCAGACAAGAAAUUAAUUGGGCAGAUACGGGAAGCUGGAAUGAAGCCAGCCCAAGUUUAUGAGUUCAUGAAGGAGUUUUAUGGAGGGGAAGACAAAACGCCAUUUGCUAAGAUGGAUUGCAAUAAUGAGAUUGGUCGCGAGCGCAGACAGUACUUAGAAGUCAAUGAUGCACAAACACUAUCUGAAUAUCUGAGAAAUAAACAGUUGCAGGAUCCUACAUUUUUUUAUGCUUUUCAGGUAGACAAGGAAGAUGGUCGUAUAGCAAAUUUCUUUUGGGCAGAUGGUCAGUCUAUCAUGGAUUACAAAUGCUUUGGUGAUGCUGUGUCAUUUGACACCACAUUUCAAACUAAUAAGUUUGAAAUGCCUUUUGCUCCGAUUCUUGGCACCAACCAUCACAAGCAAACAAUAAUUUUUGGAUGUGCACUUCUAUUUAAUGAAACUAUUGAAUCAUUUGUUUGGCUUUUUGAAACUUUUCUAACGGCAAUGUCAGGAAAGCACCCAAGCACAAUUUUUACAGAUCAAGAUGCGGCUAUGGAAGCAGCAAUUGCUUAUGCAUUUCCAAAUACCAGCCACCGUCUUUGUUUGUGGCACAUUUGCUUAAAUGCUGCUAAACAUCUUAGUCAUGUAAUUCAUGCGUCGGAUAACAAGUUCUUACCAGAUUUCAAAAGAUGUGUGUACGAAGACAGAUCAGAGACUUACUUCAUAGAGAAAUGGCAUGAAUUGUUGGCUAAAUACAACCUUGAGAAUAACUCAUGGAUGGCAAACCUAUAUGCUUUGAGGGCAAAGUGGGCUGCGGUAUACCGUGACUCUUUUACAGCAGACAUGAACUCGACCUAA